UCCCUCACACUUGGUAAGGGCUCAUGAAGCAGAUUUAAACCCCAAACAGCAGCACUGGACUCUCUGUGCUAACACACCCGGGGAGCCCACCAUGCUGUUACUAGUCAAGGUCAUCCUCACCCUGUGGGUCUCCUGGGCUCGUGGACAAGAAAUAGCAUGUGACCCUCCAAUAAUUGCAAACAGUCACUAUAUUCCUAAAAGGACCAAUUACGGACUGGGACAAGAAAUCACGUACUACUGUACAAGUGGCUUCUUCCCUUCCUCCUGGGGAAAUACUGCAACAUGUACUGACAAAGGCUGGGAUCCUCCUCCAAGAUGUAGCUUAAAUCCCUGUGAAUUUCCAGAAAUAAAGCAUGGACUCCUAUACAGCGAAGAAACGUAUAGAUCAUACUUCCCAGCACCAAUAAACCAAUGGUUUUACUAUUCCUGUGAUGAAAACUAUGUGACUCCUCCUGGAUAUUUCUGGCAUUACAUUACUUGCACAAAAAAUGGAUGGACUCCGGAAGUGCCCUGCCUCAGAAAGUGUGUUUUCAAUGAUUUGGAACAUGUACGUAAUCCACCUACACAACAAAGAUUGUUACAGGGACAGUCUAUCAAAAUUGACUGCCAUCCGGGCUACAGUCUUCUAAACCCACAGAGCAAUGUGACAUGUACGGAGAAUGGCUGGUCCUCGCCUCCCAGCUGCAUCAAACUUUGUGACAUGCCCAUUUUUGAGAAUGCCACAGCCAUAAUCACCGGAAAACCAUUUCGACUCAAUGACACGUUGGACUACCAGUGCCUGGAUGGCUAUGAAAACAGAGAUGGAAGCACCAUAGGCUCCAUGGUGUGUGGUGAGGGCGGCUGGCUCCACUUGCCAACCUGCUUUAAAUCUGCAGACAAGUGUGGGCCUCCUCCAGCGAUUAACUAUGGAGACAUCACCUCCGUCCCAUUGGAAGGGUACCUUCCGGGGUCAAGAGUGGAAUACCAAUGCCAGGACUACUAUGAACUCCGGGGUCCUCAAUAUGUAACCUGUAGUUAUGGAAAGUGGUCCAAACCCCCGAGAUGCAUAGUUCCAUGUGUAAUAUCAGAAAUAAUCAUGAAUGAAAAGAACAUACGGAUAAAAGGGAAAAAUGACAAAAUCUAUUAUGCAAAAGCAGGGGAUAUCAUCAACUUUAUGUGCAAAUCGGGACGCAAGGCGGCAACGUCAAAGGAGUCAUUUCAAGCCAUGUGUCUCGAAGGGGCAGUGGAGUUCCCCAUAUGUGAAUGAGGAAGCCUUGUGGCCCCAAAUAUGUGGCCAGUCCCACCUACUGCUCUUUGCCUCAAAGCUUGCCAGGCUUCUGGCAUUUCCUGCUCUUUUCCACUAUAUUUCAAAGGACAUAAAAGCAAUAUGUUAGCCCCCUUUUCAACUUAAUCUUCUCCCAAAGUUUUUAACACAACUAUAUCAUUGCUUAUACUUGUACCAAAAAAAUAAUUCUUCACUAUCAUGAGAUUAGAAUAUUUGGCAAUUGAGCAAUAAACAGCAAUGGACAUAACAGU